AAACUGGAGGAAGAUAAAGCCUCUCAUUACUGAAGAAUGGAAUGAAAACGUAGAUGAACUAAUUGAUCUUUUUGGUAAGGUGAGGGAUGCCUGGAUGGACAAUGAUAUGGAUACUUGGAUUGGAUCAAACAGGUUUUACCCUGGAGUAGCAGAUGCGCUGAAGUUUGCAAGCUCAAAGAUCUACAUUGUGACCACGAAACAGAGCCGCUUCGUCUACUCAUUACUUUGUCAGCUUGCUGGCGUAACUAUUUCCCCUGAAAUGAUCUAUGGUCUAGGUAAAGGGCCAAAAGUAAAAGUGUUGAAGGAGCUUCAAGAAAUGCCAGAAAACAAGGGCCUUACCCUACACUUUGUGGAAGAGCGACUUGCAACCCUAAAGAAUGUGAUCAAAGAGCCUGAAUUAGAUGGAUGGAACUUGUAUCUAGGUGAUUGGGGUUACAACACUCCAAAAGAGAGAGAGGAAGCUGCACAGAUUUCUAGAAUUCACCUUCUUGAGCUCUUCAAUUUCAGCAAAAAGUUGAAAUGAUCACCAUUUUUCACAAUUUCAGUCUACACCCUAUUAUGACU